GAUGAUGAAGGUGACAGAAUCUGUGUGACUGACUGACUGAAUGACUGACUUACCACCAACCAACCAACCAACCAACUAUAACUUGUUCAUUUACGACAACGCCGACAUCUGAAAUCACUGCCAAAAAAAAAAAAAUUUUUCGUUUUUCUUCAUCCCAAAAAACCUGACAUACUUUUAUUUUGUUUUUUUUUCCAUUGAAACGAUUUAUUUCUUGUACAAUCCGUCCGCCUACGAGCAACAGAAGAAGAAGAAGAAGAAGACGAAAAUUCUUUCUUCCAAUCGACGCACAAAAUUGUGUGUAGUAUUUUUUUUUCGUUACAAAUUUUUUUCAAUAAAAAAAAUUUUCAUUUCAAAUCUCAAAACUUAACGACGAAUAUUCACAUUAGCUAAACAAAGAAUCCUGCCAAUAAUUAGAAUCAAAAAUGAAAUUCAAUACUGAUCAUCGGACGAAUCAUCAUUGUUUAAAAAUGCAACAAAUUGAAUGCCAUAAUCACCAUCACCAUCAUCAUCAAAGAAGAUUUAAUAAUCAAAUAAAUUCAAAUGCAAUCAAGGCAUUCCUCAUAUUUAUGAUUAUCAAUCAAAUGAUACAAUUAUCAUUGACUGAAUAUAAACUUAAAACCACCUAUUUUGAAUAUAAAGAUACAUCACAAGCAUUGAAUGCACCAUUCUCGGAACAAUUACGUGAUUCAAGGCUUUGUGUUGCGAAAACAACAUGUGGUGAUUGUAUACGAACCAAAGAAUGUUCAUGGUGUAAUGUACCGGGAAAUUUUUCUGAAGAUCGUUGUAAUACAAUGUAUAAAUUACAAGAAAUGGGCUGUCCAUCUAUGCAUCUUUAUUCACCACAAACAUCAUUAGAAUUGGAAGAGGAUGAAGAAUUAUCGAAUAAAACCGAUGAAAAUAUGGAUCCAAUACAAUUGAAACCACAACGUGUUUCGAUACGUGUACGGCCACAAAUACCGAAAACGUUUCAAGUUACCUUUAAACAGGCACUUGAUUAUCCUGUUGAUUUAUAUUAUCUUAUGGAUUUAUCAAAAUCUAUGGACGAUGAUAAAGCCAAAUUAGCCGAACUAGGACAUGUAUUGGCAGAGACAAUGAAAAAUUUAACGAAUAAUUUUCGUCUCGGUUUCGGAUCGUUUGUCGAUAAAAUUGUUAUGCCUUAUGUUAGCAUAGUGCCGGAAAAAUUAAUUGCACCUUGUUCUGGUUGUGCAGCACCAUAUGGUUUCAAGAAUCAUAUGAGUCUGGAUACGGAUUCAAGCCAUUUUGUUCAAAAAGUAAAUGAUACACAAAUAUCUGGUAAUCUGGAUGCACCGGAAGGUGGUUUCGAUGCAAUUAUGCAGGCAAUUGUCUGUCAAAAUGAUAUUGGAUGGCGUGAUAAAUCACGUAAAUUGUUGGUGUUUUCCACCGAUGCUGGUUUUCAUUAUGCCGGUGAUGGUAAACUAGGUGGUAUCGUUAAACCAAAUGAUGGUGAAUGUCAUUUAGAUCGUGAUGGUUUAUACACUGAAAGUAUUACACAGGAUUAUCCUUCGAUUAGUCAAAUCAAUCGUAAAGUUCGUGAACAUCAUGUGAAUAUUAUAUUUGCUGUGACGAAAGAUCAAUUUCAUAUUUAUAAUCAAUUAGUUGGUGGCCAUAAUAAUUCAUUAUCAUUGAUUGAAGGUUCAUCGGCCGGUAUGUUGGCCGUUGAUUCAUCAAAUGUCGUACAAUUAAUUGUUGAUGAAUAUCAGAAAAUUACAUCAGCCGUCGAGUUGAAAGAUAAUGCAACGAAUAAUAUUCGAAUGAGCUAUGCAUCGGAAUGUUUAGGUCAACGAAAAGAAUCUACAAGUGUUUGCAAAGGUCUUCGUGUUGGUGAUAGUGUUGAUUUUGAUAUCACAUUAUUAGUGGAAUCUUGUCCACCGAAUCGUCAUGAUUGGAAACAAACGAUUAAAGUGUAUCCAGUCGGUUUGAAUGAUGCACUUUAUAUUGAUUUGGAAAUCAUUUGUGAAUGUGAAUGUGAAAAAGAAGAAAAUCGCCAGGAAAAAAGUCCUGAAUGUAAUUAUAAAGGUAGCUAUCAAUGUGGCAUUUGUAGCUGUGAUCUAAAUCACUAUGGAAGAAGAUGUGAAUGUGAUGCUAAAGAUUCGAAUCCCGAUGAAAAAGAAGCAAGCUGUUUUCGUGGUAAUGAUACAAAAGUUUGUUCUGGACGUGGUAUUUGUCGUUGUGGUGAAUGUGAAUGUUCAAAACGUGAUUCACCAGAUGAAAAAGUGACUGGAAAAUAUUGUGAAUGUGAUAAUUUUAGUUGUGAUCGUUAUGAUGGUCUUGUUUGUGCUGGACCCGAUCAUGGAACAUGUGAAUGUGGUUCAUGUAAUUGUAAAGAACAAUGGACCGGUACUGAUUGUAGUUGUCCAGUUGGUAAUGAACAAUGUAUAAAACAGGAUAGUGGAAAAAUAUGUUCCGGCCAUGGAGAAUGUGUUUGUGGCCAAUGUAUUUGUUUUACAAAUCAAACCGAACAAUAUACUGGACAAUAUUGUGAUGAAUGUCCAACAUGUAAAAAUCGUUGCGAUGUUUAUAAAGAUUGUGUUGAAUGUCAAGUAUUUAAAACUGGCCCAUUGGCUGAAGAUGAUUGCCGUAAUUGUACGCUGAAUCCUAUAACUGUGGAAGAAUUGGAUACAAAAGAAGGUGAAUUAUGUGUCGUAUGGGAUGAAAAUGAUUGUGUAUUCAAUUUUAAAUAUAAUUAUGAUGAACAUGAAAAUUUGGUCUAUAUCUAUGCACAAGAUAAAAAAGAUUGUCCUGAACCUGUAAAUAUUUUGGCUAUUGUUAUCGGUGUUAUUGUCGGCAUCGUAUUGAUUGGCAUUGCUUUCCUAUUGAUUUGGAAAUUAUUGACAACAAUCAAAGAUCGACGUGAAGUGGCACGUUUCAAUGAAGAACGAUUGAAUGCUAAAUGGGAAACGGGUGUGAAUCCAAUAUUCAAGAAAGCAACAACCACAUUCAAGAAUCCUACAUACAGUGGAAAAUGAUGAUGAUUAUGACUUUCUACUUCUUCUUGUUCUUAUAAUCGUUGUGUGUCGUAAGGAAAAUUUCCCGCAAAAAAAAACGCACAACUGUGAUAUACUAUUGAUGAAAAAGUUCAAACUGCAAAAAAUCAAGUUUUAAAUUUCAAAAAAAAAAAAAAAUUAGUCGUCUUUAUUAUUCGUAUCACACACGCAUCAAAAAUCGUUUCAUCACAACAUCUUGUAUUGCUGCAUAUAGAUUUCAUUAUAUACUUAUUUAAAUGUUUGAUAAUUAAUCUACACAAAAUAUGGUUGGACAAACUUUAUGCAUUUUUUUUUGAUUUUGUGCCAAAAAAAACCCCGAAACAAAACAAAAAUCAUCCUGGACUGAUUUACAUAAUUUUGCACUGUUUUUCAGCCUUCCGGAAAUUAUUUUUUUUUUUUGCAUAUUUAUUUGGAAAUUUUUCUUCUUUUUUUUUCUUGUUCAUCAUUAUUCACCCA